AAGCGACGGAUGACACGGCGAACCAUCACUUCAACUUAAUUCAACUUUUAGAAGCGAACACUAGAACUCCGGUUGGAUAUAUUCUAUUGCACUCUUUAUUAAUUAAAGCGUGCGGGGGAUUUGCAAAGGUGUUUUGUUUAGUGUCGUUUGACCAUGGAUACAGUCGCACCUGGGAAGAAAAGGGUCAGUUCGGAGCGAAGAAAGGAGAAAUCUCGGGAUGCUGCACGCUUUCGAAGAGGAAAAGAGUCAGAGGUGUUCUAUGAGCUGGCCAAAGAACUGCCCUUCCCACUCAGUGUCACCUCUAACCUGGACAAAGCAUCAGUCAUUAGACUCGCUCUCAGUUACCUGCGUCUGCGUAAACUACUGGACACAGCUGUACUGGGCAUGGAGACUGAAUUGGAAUCUCAAUGGAACAGUUCACUUCUGAAAGCUCUGGAUGGGUUUCUCAUGGUUCUGUCUGCUGAUGGUGAUAUGGUCUACCUGUCAGAGAAUGUCAGCAAGUGUCUGGGCCUUCCGCAGAUCGACCUAACUGGACAUAGUGUGUUUGAGUUUACUCAUCCAUGUGACAACGAGGAGCUCAGAGAAAUGCUGGCACCCAAGACAGGUAAUACUCUCUCUCACACACAUACUUAUAAUCAAACAAUCACUUAUGAUUGUCACCCCCCAGGUGUGUCUAAGAAAGCAAAGGAACAGCACACAGACAGACGUUUUCUGUUGAGGAUGAAAUGCACCCUGACCAGCAGAGGGCGCACUGUCAACAUCAAAUCAGCCUCCUGGAAGGUGUUGCGCUGUUCGGGCCAUAUCCACACAGCAGAUGGCAUUCAGAAGGGUGAAUGCGAGGAAAAAAGUGUGUGUUCGACAUACCUGGUGCUGAUCUGUGAGUCUAUUCCCCACCCGGCAAACAUUGAGGUGCCUUUGGAUUCUAGAACGUUCCUCAGUCGCCACACUUUGGAUAUGCGCUUCACCUACUGUGAUGAGAGGAUCACAUAUUUGUUGGGUUUUCAUCCAGUGGAUCUGAUGCAGCAUUCUGUGUAUGAAUAUUAUCACGCCUUGGAUUCUGACCGUUUGACCAAAACACACCACAACUUGUUUGUGAAGGGACAGGUAUGUACAGGACAGUACCGUCUGCUAGCUAAAGCAGGAGGCUUUGUUUGGGCAGAAACUCAGGCCACUGUGAUCUAUAACAGUAAAAACUCCCAGCCACAGUGUGUGGUCUGUGUCAACUACAUUCUCAGUGAUAUAGAACAGCCCAAACAAAUCCUGUCGCUCCAACAGACCAACGGUACAAAAAUAAAACAGGAAGGGGAAGAUGAGACAGAAAUGGUGAAAGAAGACAAGAAAGAGUCAGGAUUCAAGAGUCAAGAGUUGAGAAAAGAGGCGGAUGCAAAGGAAGAGGAGUGUGUGGGAGAAGAGCUUUCACCUGUAGUGCUACAUGACAAUCUAAAGGGGGAGCCAGAGACACUGAUAGACCCAGCAGUAGGACACACCGUCCUUACACUGGAUAUCAACAGCACAGACUCAGCGAUCUCUGUGUUGACAGACAUUCCUCUCUACAAUGAUGUUAUGUUGCCCUCCUCCAGUGUUCUACUGCCCCUCUCACCCCUCUCUCCUCCUGAUGAUGCCCUUUGCUCCACCCUACAUGAUGCUGACACCUCCACAGCUCAAAUACAGCCCGACGACUUCUCCUGCCCACAGUCCUCUGCUCCUGGCUCUUCCAGAUCCCAGAGGGAGUCUCGUCACAGUUUUACAGCUAAUCCCCUCAUGGAUUCAGGAUUAAGUAACCAGCUAAAAACAGAUCAGGUAGAGAGACUCUUUUCCAUGGAUAUUGAGUCCAAGACACCCUUUAUUACCCAGGCCGUGGGUUUGGAUCUGGAGAUGUUAGCACCAUACAUUCCCAUGGAUGAUGAUUUCCAGCUUCGGAAUCUUUCUCCGGCCGAGUCAGUGUGUUCCAACCCAGGUUCAGCUUUUGAACUGACCCCCUCUAGCUGCACACAAACUUCCCCUUCUGUUUCAACAGCCCCACCAGACUCAUUGUGUUGUGAUGCUGCUCAGAAGACCUCUGGAACCCCAGAUCAGACCAGCAGCAGGGACACUAUUCAAGACAUCGAUAUUUCUUCUAAAUGUAAGACCAACCCAAAGCUGCUCAAGAGGAAACUUGAGACCAUAACUCUUUCUGAAGCAAUAAGGCUGGGGUCUGUGCUGCAGGUUGUGGCUGAUUUACCAGAGAAAAAAAUCAGAAAGUCAGACACUGCAUCAUCAGAAGGGCUCCGUCAUGCCACAGUACUGCUGCUGCCAUCUGAUGUUGCAAGUAGGUUAAUGAGCAGAUCGUCAGAGGGCAGGGCCAUAUAUAUGCCCCUCCCACAGCUUACCCGUUAUGACUGUGAAGUUAACGUACCUGUGGCUGGGCGGCAACACCUGCUACAGGGGGAAGAACUACUGUGUGCAUUGGACCUAGUUAUUUGAAUUACCAUACUUCUUCAGAUACACCAUAAUACAACAUAAACACAACUAUUUCUCAUAGAUUAAAUUUUACUUUUCCAAUGAUUAGGGAGGGAUCAAGAGUCUGUCAUCCAUUAGCAAGAGACGGCGUAAUAAAAUCAGCCGGGAUGUUUUUGCUUCUAUUGAGUAGAUGGUUAAUACAUGCUGGACAUUGAAAACAAAAGACUUCUAAUAUAUUAAUAAUAAAUGAAGAAAGAAAUGUACAACAGAAUUCACAAAGCUAUUAUGAGCUGAGCUCUUAUAGAUUAGAUAUACGCAUACAGAGAGGAGAAUAUUAUUUUGUAUUCUUUACAAGAUUGUAUUUUGUGCUUAGAAACAGUCACACAACUGAAAAGGGGUUUUCUUGCACAAAUGACAUGAAUUACCAGCAGCUUAUUCAGAAAAUGUUUUUCUUUUAAUUAGCACUGCUGUUUUAUAAUUACUUUAAAGGUAUGUCUAAAUGUUCCUUGUUGUCUUUGUUCAGGGAUCUAUGUGUCUUAUAUGUAAACAUAUAUAUACAGUACAUCGAAAUAAAAGACUUCUAAUAUAUAUAUAUAUAUAUAUAUAUAUAUAUAUAUAUAUAUAUAUAUAUAUAUAUA